AUGGGAGAUGGUGACGUCGACGAGCGCGGCCCGGCGCUGCGAUCGAUCUAUCAGCACGAUGUCGGGGGCUUAUUGGCUACAGUAGUCCUAAUUAUAAUGAUUAUAACCAAAGAGAAUGGAUAUGAAGCCAUGAGCAUAUUUCCCUCCGUCGGCUUUUUGACACGCAAGUGCGUAAGAGUCUACACCAUCCCGGGAACGGACGUGACCAUCGACCCCGGGGUCAACAUCGUCGUCCCGGUCAAGUCGCUGCACUUGGACCCGCAGUACUUCCAGGAUCCGGAGGAGUUCCGUCCGUUCCGUUAUGCGGAUGCGGAUUUUAUUUUUAUAUUUUCGGGUGAGCGUCUAGGCUACAUGCAGUCGCUGGCAGGAUUGGCCGCGGUUCUGAGCCAGUUCUCUGUGGCACCCUGCAAGAGCACACUCCGCAAACCGAUAGUUGACCCCACGGUUAUGGCUGUACAGAGCCCUAAGGGAGGCCUGCCGCUCGCCCUCACUCCUAGGAAGAAGACACAAUGA